AUGAGUGUGUAUACUUUCCCAAUUUUAGAAGUUCCUGAAAUAGUGGAAAUGCUACAGAAAUGUGAUUUCUCACUUGCAGCUGAGGAUAAAAUAACUAGACCUAGUUCAGAAUAUGUUAUUACUUUGUACAAACAGAUUAUUGAAAGCUAUAUGGGCCUUUCCACUGACUAUUUGAUGAGUGUUGGGACUAACAGUUCUUUGGUUGGUGAGGAGGGUCAAUUUGGUGGUAAUUUUCAACAACAUAAUAGUGAUAUCGAUGGAGAUGAUGGUGUUUAUAAGGAAACUUUACAAGUUUUAGUGUUGAACAAAAUUUGUUACAAGUUCUUUCAGAAUAUCGGUGUUAAUGAUUUUAAUAUUAUGGAUCUUUACAAACCAGAUUCCCAAAGGACUAAAAGAUUGUUAAGUGCAGUGGUCAAUUAUGCUAGAUUUCGUGGUGAAAGAAUUGAAGAUUGUACUGAAAUUAUUGAAAGAUCAGAACAGUUAUUGAAUCAAUUAUUGUCAAAAUUUGAUCGUUAUAAUGUAUUGCAUAAGAUGGCUAAACAGUAUCAAGAGGGUACUGAUUUUGAAAAUAUAGAUUUGAAUGAUACUUCUGGAAACAACGAUCUGAACAAAUUAGAAGAAGAGAAUAGAAAAUUGGAGAGUCAAUUGAAAAGAUUAACUCAGGUCCAAGAAACUUUAACAAUCGAUUACAAUAAUUACAAGAAAGAAAAACAAAACAUGUUAACUGAAUUAGAGACUUUGGGUUUCCAACAGAUCGAAUUAGAGUCUCAAAAAUCAAAGUUAGAAAAAUAUGUGAAUACUGAUAUGAACGAAUUGUCUAAAGCUAUAGUUGAAUUGACAGAGUUAUUAUCAAAAAGAGAGGAUCAGAGAAAGGAGCUAGAGAACAGACAACAGAACUUAAUUAUAUCGGUUCAGACUUUACAGAAAGUAAUAGAAGAUUUAUAUGACGUGAUAAGAUUGCUGUCUACAGAGUUACAAGAAACUCAUAGAAAUGAAGUUGAUAUUCUAGAUUUCAAGAAACAGCUGUCAAUGAGACGAGACAAGAUGCAAGAAGUUUUGUCAACCGGGAUCAUGUAUAAAUUGUCCCUUUUGCAAGAGCAAUAUCAAACUCAGAAAGAAAAGCUGAAUGAGCUAAAAACAACAACUGAAUCCCAAUCACAAGCAAAUGAAGAAAGAAUUAAUGAAUUAUCAAAGCAGUAUACUGAAGAAUUAAUACCCAAACUACGACAACAAGAGGAACGUAUAGAAAUUGACUUAAUAGCUGGCGUAGUAGGUAAAUUAGAAAAUGAAAUUUCAAAUAUGCAAGCUGAAUUCCAAAAAGAAGUUGAUGCCAUCGAGUUAGAAUAUUCUUUGCUAGUAACGCAUAUUAAUCAAUAUAUGGAACGCAUGCUACAAGAAAUGUAA